UCUAGGGUCUACCUGAUUAUUUUCAUAGUUGUAUCGCGAGAAAAAGCGUUAUCAUUAUCGUUUUUUUGAAUUUUUCAGAAAAGCAUAACAUGGAGCACUGCGAUCCUGGGGCUUUCCACCUUGCGAUGGGCAAGCCGGCCCUCCCUCCACGAGGUGCCGCAGCAGACGCUGCGCUCCUCCUCCCAUUGGCGCGGCCCUUCACUCAUGGCGGGGCAUCAUGGUACCGCUAAGCUCAAAGGCCGCGGCCUCCGCUUACGCACGCCCAUGGGGCAGUGGCGUGGCCUGGCCCUGCAAACUUAUCCGCAAAAGUAGCACACCGCGGGAACCAAGCGCGGCGCACUCGGAAGGCAGCCCCGCUGGCAAUCGUUGGGGCGAUUCCUGGGGGCAAGCAAUAUGAAACGCCAAGCCGAUCGAAUGGAAGCCGCGACGCCACUUCGCUCAAGCUCCAAGGAGGCGAGGAGACGACCGAGAGCCGCAGACGCGCGAGCGGCUGAAGGGGUUAGUUGGAGGGGGUGUUUGAGGGGGGUCCUUGUUUUCAGGGACCCCAUUUGAUAAGACUUCUGGCGCCCGACAGAUAGGCGAUAAGGCUUCUGGCGCCCGACAGUCUUCGCCGAAGCCCAGAAAAACACUCUAAAUUUUCGGAACCUCGAGGGGCAAGCGGGUGACAGACAGGUGGGCGCCUUUUCUGCUUGCUCGUUAUCGCGUUUUUGGCGAGUGUUUGGAGGGGUCGGUGGAGGGGGGCGGCGGACCACCUCCGGCCCGGCUAGAGGACCAGAGCGGCCACAGCAGGAAGGAGGCGCCGAGCCGCUAGAGGUCGGAGGAGGUGGGGCGCCAGAGGUGGCGGAGCGGCCGCAAGCAGCAGGGCUGCAGGCCAUCCCCUGACACUCGGGCCCCAGAUUCGCGAGGGGACGAGGAAACAAGCUACACGCACGCGCGUCUGCCAUUGCUGGAAGCGCCUCCCGGAGAGCGCAGCACCACCCAGCAGCCAGAGCAGGACAGCAGCGCGCGCGGCGCCGCUGUUUUGUUGUCUGAGUCAUGGGAAGCGCAGCCCACCCACAGACGCGCCAAGAGGAAGCGGCGAACGCUGGCGCCCCUCCAUUCUUAUGCCCACGCGCACAGCGUCCCACCAAUGCCUGGGAUUUGUUAUCCCAAUCCGAAAAAAUCAAAAAAACGAUAAUGAUAACACUUUUUCCUGCGAUAAGUUGUAAUUGUGUCUUAGUAAAGAGAAUCUUCGCGGUCGUGUAA